AUGGCCAAAGCUUCAUUCAUGAAUGAAGUUUAUACAGAAUUGGCAAUAACUAAAAAUCUUGCCACAACUGAUACAUCUCUAUGUCAUGAUGAAGAACAUGUAAAAUUAUCAACCUGCGGCUUUUAUUCUCCAUCAGAUCUCAAGCAUGCAGAUUAUGUCAACCUUAUAUGUGCUGGUCUUGAUGGGCUGGUUAAUUGCAAUCGAACACUUGAUCGACAAAGCAUUAGUGUAAAAAAUGCUACUUUAUCAAUGCCUACAACUGGUAGCAAAAUGUCUGCAACUCUUCAAGCAAUGCACCAAAAAAAAAAGAGAAUAUUGGUAUACUAG